CUCCGAGGAGCCAGGAAGUAUGCAGCGCGACAGAUAAAGUCGAGAGAGCGGGCGUUUGUUGUCAGUGGACGGGGAUCACACGCUUCAGGGUGAGAGGGAAUUAUAGCCAAGUGCGAAAUUGAGCCUAAUCCAUUGCAGUGGCAGAGACUGACCGGUCAGUAGUUUAGAUUUGAGAGCGGGGAGAGAUCACGACCCUACUUACAAAAUAAGGUAAAUAUCACAUUAGCACAUUGCUACCCACUAUCAAAACUAGACGGAAGAGAAUAGAAGCGGGAUUGCUGUUAUUUCACGGCAAAGGUUUUUCUUGCUCACAAAACAAUUAAAAUCAAGGAACAUUUCUCAGCAAAGCUUCAAGAUGCCUCGGGUGGUCCCGGAUCAAAGGAGCAAGUUUGAAAACGAAGAGUUCUUCAGGAAACUCAGUCGGGAGUGCGAGAUAAAAUACACAGGUUUCCGAGACAGACCGCACGAGGAGAGGCAAGCCAGGUUUCAGAACGCUUGUAGGGAUGGUCGCUCAGAAAUAGCUUUUGUGGCGACGGGCACCAACCUCUCGCUGCAGUUCUUCCCAGCCAACUUGCACGGGGAGCAGAGGCAGACGCCCACACGAGAGUAUGUGGACUUUGAACGGGAGACGGGAAAGGUGUACCUGAAGGCCCCUAUGAUCCUGAAUGGAGUGUGUGUGAUCUGGAAGGGCUGGAUAGACCUGCAGCGCCUCGAUGGGAUGGGCUGUUUGGAGUUCGAUGAGGAGAGAGCACAGCAUGAGGAUGCCCUUGCGCAGGCAGCCUUUGAGGAGUCACGUAGGAGGACCCGGGACUUCGAGGACAGAGACCGCUCGCACCGAGAGGAACUGGAGGACCCUGUGGCAUCAAAAAUCUGGGACUGAUGGCAUUCAAGGACCAGGCCCAGGCGACAGCAGGACCCCAGCCCUGUUACCAACAUGGGCAACAACGCUGAUGAUCACAAGAUGCGCUAGAGGCCAGAGAGACGUA